AUGGCCAAAUUAGGAUUUCUUAUCCUCACACUCUUUGGGGUUGCUCUAGGUCUUGACACAUCAAGUUGUAGGACGGUCUCCUGUGGCUCGACUGCAGCAUCUGGUGGAAACUGUGUCACGACCACGACGAGCACAGUAACUGUAAACGAUUGCUCCUCGGGCGAACAUUGUGCAAACACGGCUCAAUUUGGGGACAACAAUGCCUGGACUGACUCUUUGUGCGUUGCGACCACUUCUACCUCCACCGAUAACUGUGUAGGAGACGGCACUCUUGUGACCUGGGGCAAAUGCUGUGUCGAUGCUGACUGUUUUAGCGGUGAUUGCGGCGUAAACAAUCGUUGCAAGCCAGUUGCUGAAGGAGAUGCCUGCACCGUCGACGAGCACUGUGAUGGCUUCCACUACUGUGGAUCUGGAAAGACCUGUGUUUCUACUGUCUCAGAAGGCAAACAAUGCUCCACUUCGAAUCAAUGUGAGCCUGGCUAUGGCUGCAGCUUGGGAUUAUGCACCCAAUAUUGGAGCCAAGCGAUUAGCACCAAGGUCAGUGCUGCUUAUUACUGUGAAACCAACACUAUUGACGCUUACUACAACUGCGAUAACUACACUGUCUCUGUAGACGGAUCUAACCCCCUUGCAAGUCCUUACCAAUGUGUCGUUUCCUCACAGAGCUGCAUUUAUAAGUCCUAUACAUCUUCAGCAACACAUACUUUGGCUUGCCAAUGCGGAGGAGGAGCUGAUGCGACUGUAGGAUAUUGCCCUGUCCGCUAUCCUUUGGAAGGAACUUAUGAGAAUUUUUAUCCUAAAUUCCAGUAUUAUACGACUGAAUGCUCAGGAAGCAAGGCACAUUCUCAAGACCCUAAUGUUCUUUAUGGUUAAGGGAAAAGGAAUUUUUGAUUUAGCUGGAUUUUUUUUGUAAAUUAUUUAGGGAAAAUAAAUUUAUAUUAAAAAAGUAGAAGACAUUCUUUAUGACUGUGAAUCAAUUUGGAAUGACCAAUUAUUGUACUGGAACAAUGUCCAGGGAGCAUGGCAAGACUGGGCUCUUUACAGCUCAGGAGUUAUUGAUGACUGCGCAUCUGAUAUAGGAGUUUAUGACCCUGACUUCGAUGUGGAUUCUUAUGAAGCAGCUGAAUUUAUCGUGGUCUCAGCCCUUCUUUUACUUUAUUCUUAA